CAAGAUUAUCUUCCGAGACGAAUCCCGAGCUUUGAAAUGUGGUACGGUAAAUUCUGGUGGACAUACAGCGCCUUACGUCUAAUAUUCCCGGACGUGUGUUAUAAAAACGAUGAAGUAGGAUGUUACAACAAAGAAGAACCGUUUGCCCAUUUUGAUAUUCUACCAAAUUCCCCCGGACCUUUGGGAAUGGACGUGAAGUUCAAACUGUACACACGAGUAAACGACAAGGUUCCGGAACUGCUGAACAACGUCCUUUUGGAUGCUAAAUGGAUUCCAAAGAAUUAUAAUCCAAUAAAGAAAACAGCAUUUCUUAUCCACGGUUUUAAUGAUAACGGGAACAAUCCUUGGAUGUUAGAAAUGAAGGAUAGCAUUUUACAAAAGGAGGAUAUCAACGUAGUGAUCGUUGACUGGGGAAUUGGGGCCAAGAGCAUAAACUAUAUGAUUCCUGCCUCUAACACACGGACGGUAGGAACCUACUUAGGUCGCCUGGUGUCUAUACUAGUACCUGAUUUAUCUAUGGUCCAUAUCAUCGGACACAGUCUUGGGGCACAUGUAGCGGGAUUUGCCGGGGCUUGGACCGAAGGGAAAAUAAUGCGCAUUACGGGUCUAGAUCCUGCUGGACCACUGUUCGAUAAAUACGACCCCUUGGCUCGACUGGAUGCUGAUGACGCUGUGUUUGUUGACGUCGUUCACACCGACACAGAAGGAGUGUUCAAUUUGGGUCUUGGGAUGAACAAACGCUGUGGUGAUAUCGACUUUUUCCCCAAUGGCGGAGAGAUACAGCCUGGGUGUAAUCAGUCUGUCUUGAAAAUCGCCGAUAGCAUUGCGAGAUUGCAGGUAGAAGAAUUACAUAAACUCUUUCCCUGCAGUCACGAACGUUCCAUUCAACUCUACACUGAAUCAAUUUUAUCCGAUUGUAAGUUUUUAUUCUGUUCGUGCAAAAAGAAGGCGUUCCUCAAAGACCGUUGCAGCAAAGAUAACUGUACUGGUAUGGGAUAUGAUGUCGACACAAUGUUUCAUGGAGAGUUUUACGGAUAUACCCAUUCGCAGACUCCGUACUGUAUCACAGAAUCCAUGGAAACAACACCAUCUACACCAACAUUGGAGGUUAUGUACAACACAACUGCAGAACAAGAACCAACGGAAAUGCAGUUCAACGCGACACUAUCUCUUAAUGGGAACGUCACUGAAAACACUUUCACUGAACGCAAUACAACAUUUGGAAGUAAUCUAACAAUUACAAAUAACUAAUUAUAAUUUUGGACUCUCUUUUUACUUCAUUAUUUUUUGUUCAAUGGAUGGAAAAAAAAUUCCAUGAAUCACAAAAUAUUAAAAACAUUUCGAGUUGUUUCAGAAUAUGAGAUUAUAUAAAUGUAUACUAUUUGAAUACAUGGGUCACUGAGUUACAA